GAACAAGGGAGACAACCUCCGCCGCGCACGGAAGACCAUCCCAUGCGAGAAACUGGAGCUUUCAGCAGCAAGCUAUACUGGGAAAAGUUCAGAAAAGACCUAAUCUAAAUAGCAGGAGCGAAGACUUCGGCUCAAUAAAGCCGCAGCUGAAGACAAGCGCCAACAGGAGAGGACGCAGGGAGUCCACAUUCCAGCAGGGAAUGCGCCUUUGCGCCCGCAGUGCGCCUGAAUGACGGACUGAAAACUGUGGACUACAGUUCCCUCAUUCAGAAACCUUCGUAUACAAAGGAAAGCGAGGAAGGUGAAAGGAGGAGAAACAGAAACCACCCGCUUUCAGCUGAAAAAAAAACUUUCAAGAUGGAGGAAGGAUAUGAGCUAGACCUCACAUACAUCACAGAACGUAUUAUAGCUGUGUCCUUCCCCCGAGGCUGCUCUGAUGAGACCUACUCGCACAACCUGAAGGACGUCACUCGAAUGCUCAAGUCUAAGCAUGCUGAUAAUUACCUGACCAUUAACCUGUCAGAGCGAAGGCAAGAGCUCUCUAAAAUGAACCCCAAGACGCUGGACACAGGUUGGCCAGACAUGCACGCUCCACCUUUGGACAAGAUCUGCACCAUCUGUAAGGCCAUGGAGAGCUGGCUCAAUGCUGACCCUCUACAUGUGGUUGUUAUACAUUGCAGGGGUGGAAAGGGUCGAAUUGGUGUUGUCAUUUCAUCCUUUGUGCAUUUCACUGAUGUCUCUGCCAGUGCUGAUCAGGCGCUGGACCGUUUUGCAAUGAGGAAGUACUACGAUGAUAAGGUCUCAGCUCUGAUGACACCUUCGCAGAAACGGUAUGUUUGGAUCCUCAACAGUUUACUGAGCGGAUCCAUGAAGAUUAAUGCCUCGCCUUCGUUCCUCCACUGCGUCAUCCUUCAUGGAAUCCCAAACUUUGACGCCACCAGAGUUUGUCGCCCAUACAUUAAGGUUUACCAAGGAAUGCAAGCAGUGUACUCAUCUGGAGUCUAUCACAUUGGUCCAGGCCACAGGGAUCGGGUGUGCAUCGCCUUGGAGCCUGCCCAGCUCCUGAAAGGCGAUAUCAUGAUAAAAUGUUAUCAUAAAAGUGACGUGACCUCGGAGCGAGAGGUUGUUUUCCGGCUGCAGUUCCACACGGGAGCAGUGCAGGGUUACAACCUGAUGUUUGAGAAGGAGGACAUGGAGGUGGCCAACAAAGAUCCCAGAUUUCCUGAUUACGGUAAAGUGGAGCUGGUUUUCUCAGAGGGGCCAGAGAAGAUCCCAGGCGUGGACAGGUGGCAAAAUGGUCCAGAUGUUGUUGUGGAUUACAACACGACAGAUCCUCUAACCCGCUGGGACUCGUACCAGAACAUCUGCGAUGGUGAAGCGCCACGCUGUCAAGGCCUAAUCCAGGACAAAGCUACUAGCAAGAGGAACCUGUUCAUUGGGGAGGCCACACUUGGGCGAGGGGCCAGCACAACCUCCACCACCUCCAGCCCAGACCACAGUGACCACACGCUCUCUGUAAGCAGCGAUUCGGGCUUGUCCAGCACUUCUUUGUGGACAGAAAGACCCGCACCUCUUAACUCCAACACCGCUGCUGUCAAGACGAACCAGGGACCCAGCCAGCAGGAAAAGGUUCAGCUGAAGCGGCUCCUUAGUGGAUUUGGCCUUGAAGAUCUUUCACUGGAGGAGAUGGAUGAUCAAGGACCUAAUGGGGGCAUUCAACAAGUAGUGUCAACGAAAUCGCAGGUCAGUGGAGACAGUCGCCCUCGCGACAGGGAGACGGACAUCCUUGAUGAUGAAGUCAUAACAGGCAAUGAUCUGCACAGUGUGGACAGCUUGGGGACCUUGUCGUCUUCGUGCCACAAGAGCAGCCAAAACUCCCUGCUGUCCGAUGGAUUUGGUAGUCCUGCGGGAGAGGAGCAUCAAAGCCAGAACCACCGGCACAACGCUGCUCCUCCUUCCGUAGAGGACUAUGAGAGAUCCUACGCAGAUGCCAAAAGAUGCUUUCUGACCUCCAGGAGCAACUCUGUGGCCUCCUCUAACCCCAGUGCCGAUGCAUCCAAGCAGCAUGUGUACAGACAGGGAAGCUAUUCCACCCAGUCCUGGGUUCGGCAGCAGCAGAUGGUUGCUGCGCAACAGUUUAUCUACAUGGCAGAAGAUCAGAGCAACACAGAAACGUACCCUGGGGGCAAACCAAGAAGUGCAGCGGGGCUGCUCACUGAACCGCAGCAACCUGUCACCAGUGCAGCUGCCUGUACCAUCAGAAACAUGGUCCCGCCAAAAGAUCAGGCAAUGAUAAACAACAACAAUAACAACAAACGAGAUGAAGAGUUCAAAUCUCUAAAAAUAGAUAUCGAAAACUCAAUUGAUCAGCUGAAUCAGCUGAUUAUGGACUUGGAUCCCUCAUUCGUUCCAGUGUCCGGCACGUCCCAAAAGAGCAACAACGUGACUCAUGUCAAUGGCUCAAUCAGCAAAUGUUCAAACGACCUCAAUCUCAGAUUCAACAAUAGUAAUGAAGCAGCUCUGAAAAACGCACAGAAGACAGAUGUCGAGUCCAGCAACGGCCCAGAAAGUGUCACGAGGAAUCCAAGUUGCCAGGGUAGGGAUUUAAUUGAUCACCCAGGCUUCUGCAACCCCGGAUGGGGUGAAACGAAGGAUUUCAGGGGUCAUCAGGCUUACUCACCUUGUGCCCCACACUCCCAGCAGCAUUCUGUCCUGUACAGAAGUGACACUGUUGAAUACAGGGACCAUUGCCCUGAUAUGGACAAUGUAGUUGAGGUUGCUCAGGAUAUGACUCCACCCACUCCUGGAUUCCCCAUCUCACCUCCAACACCAUACGUAAAAAACAUGCCAGAACUGGCUGACUUCAGGCAAAUUCCAUCACCUGUUCAGUCUUAUGGAGGUUUCAGCACAAGCCAUGAACCCAGAGGAUAUUCUGAGAACAAUGGUGUCGGACGAGAGAAUUUUCCAGAUUCCACCAUCAACUGCCACAGGAUGCUGAUGUCUACAUUCUUGGCCCAUCAAUCCAUUGACAGCAGGAACCAGUCCUGGCCAGAGCAUCCCCCAUUGAGUCGCCACUCCUCUCUCAGCGGCUACCCCAGUGCCCGACAGCCGCUGCAGCACUCCAUGUCCAUGGACUACAGCCACAAAUCCACUCUGGCACACCACCCCCACAUGCACCCGAUCCCUGAUGCCCACAGCUCUCCUCGAAGCAGUCAGAGAACUCACAUGGCUUUCUAUGCCCUGAACCGUGGCCCCGCUCAGACCUUUGAAGAGCAGGAUGACUCGGUCCAGUGCAACGGCACAAACUGUCCCAGCAUGGCGGUUAACAGAGACCCAUUGACCUCUACAGACACCCAGAAUUGGUCACAGACUCCCCAGAUGCAGCCCCCACUGCUGCCAGAGAAAAAGAGAGCAUCCGAUGGAGAACAUUCCCUUGGAACAGCUUCUCCAGCACUCAGUGGGUUUUCAAGCCCCCACAGUGGGAGCUCCCUCAGCAUCCCCUUCCCUAACAUCCUGCCAGACAUGUCAGCUCAACCUCUACACACAGCCUCACCACUGCCAGACGUUCUGGCCAGCAAACAAGUUACAGUAAAGUUUGUCCAGGACACAUCCAAGUUCUGGUACAAGUCUGACAUCUCGAGGGAUCAAGCCAUCUCAGUCUUAAAGGACAGGGAGCCUGGGUGCUUCAUUGUGCGGGACAGCCACUCAUUUAAAGGGGCUUACGGGCUAGCUAUGAAGGUGGCGACGCCCCCUCCAACAAUUGUCCAACAAGGCAAAAAAGGUGGAGAUUUGUCCAAUGAGUUAGUGCGGCACUUCCUCAUUGAGUGCACACAAAAAGGAGUGCGGCUGAAAGGUUGUCCCAAUGAGCCCUACUUUGGAAGCUUAACCGCAUUGGUCUGCCAGCAUUCAAUCACUCCCUUGGCCCUUCCCUGCAAACUUAUUAUACCUGACAGAGAUCCUCUGGAGGAUGAUGUGGAGAACCCUGCCCAUUCUGUCACAAACUCAGCUGCUGAGCUGCUAAAACAGGGAGCAGCCUGUAACGUGUGGUACCUGAGCUCAGUGGAGAUGGAGUCACUAACAGGCAACCAGGCAGUGCAGAAAGCCACAACUAUGACCCUGAACCUGAACCCGCCGCCAACCUCCACUGUGGUCCAUUUCAAGGUUUCCUCCCAGGGAAUCACCCUAACAGACAACCAGAGGAAGCUCUUUUUCAGGAGGCAUUACAGUGUCAACACAGUGAUAUUUUGUGCGCUCGAUCCUCAAGAUAGAAAAUGGAAAAAAGACGGCUGCCCCUCAGCAAAGAUCUUCGGCUUUGUGGCGAGGAAAACUGGCACUUCCAUGGACAACAUUUGUCAUUUGUUUGCAGAGCAUGACCCUGAGCAACCAGCAAGCGCCAUUGUCAACUUUGUGUCCAAGGUAAUGAUUGGCUCUCAGAGAAGUAAGUAGGACAGAGCUGAUAACCUGGACACCAUCGAGGAAAACCAGCACACGAAAGAGAGAAAAAGACUGAUGUGAAAAUGAGGAGGGAAGAUGGUCAAUCGACAAACUUUGAAUCCUGAAUAAUAACUGGAAUUUAACACUAAUUAUUACCAAAUUGCCAAUCAGUGGCUAAAAAACAUUGUAUAACCCUUAUGUACAUUGUAUAACUCUUAUAUACAAUAUAAGGGUUAAAUAAAUGUAUUUUUGUUAAGUUUAUGACUAGUAGAUUUACUAGGACAAAAAAAAAUGCUUCCCUUUUGGUUUACAGCUAAAAUGUGUGGUGCAAAUUUAUAAAUAAAGUUUUUUCAAUAAUAAACCAAAAAACUGAACGCAAGCCAGUAAGAAAUUGUUCAUUUGUGGUUGAUGGAGGAGCACCUUUUUGAUGUAUCUGGUCAGUAUUUCAAAAGAAAAUACAUGAAAAGCUGUUUAGAACAUAGUGACUACAUUUGAACUUUUUUGUUGUUUUUAUCUCCAUGAUGUAUAUUUUAACACUUCGGUCUUGUGUACAUGUUUCGCACGCUUGGAGCUCAUUUGAGGAGGAUUUUUCUGGAAAUGUAUUUUACCAUGACCACUUUUAAAGCUGUCUGUAAGAUUUUUUAUGGGAGCGUGGGUGUGCCGAUUGUGUGUGCAUGUGUUCCACUGAGAGCAAGUUUUAAGAAGAAGCCUUAACUUAACUCUAAUAUAUAUAUAUGGACUGAGCAUAAACUGCUAGAAAAUAUGCUGCGUCUGAUACGGUACAUUUGUUAUUCUACUCACAGGUGCCAAAUUAUUAAGAAUUAUUAAUCGGUAUGAAAAACCAAUGAAACCAAUGAGACCUUUGUGCUGGAAAAAGGAAUAUGUUUUUAGAAUAUACAUGAGCUGUUUGUUAUUGAUAUGUACUUUCAACAAAAGAAAAUAUUCUUACUUUUAACUUUGUUAGUUUGCUUGUUUACUUAUAGAGGAACUUGCACAGAAAAAGCUAUGUAUAACAAGUUAGACUUGAACUACUUAUUUGUGUACUGCUCUUGCUUUUUUUCCAAUGUGUAUGUAAAUAAACAGUGACAUUUAUAAAAAUGUUAUUUUA